AUGUGGCACUCGGUGCCGUGGUCUAGUUGCCAUGGUGGUGUUCGGUCAAAGCGGCGCCACCAGGAAGCGCUCAAGAAGAACCGGGUGAUGCUGGCCAAGCAGCUGGUGUUGAAUGUGCUGGUGGAGCACAUGGUGGAGAAGGACAUCAUCACCGCCGAGAUGGUGGAAAUGAUACAGGCCAAGUCUGGGAGCUUUGACCGAAAUGUGGAGUUCCUGAACUUGCUGCCCAAGCGAGGCCCCAACGCCUUCUCAGCCUUCUGCGAAGCUCUGCGAGAGACCCAGCAGCAGCACCUGGAGGCAAUGAUCCUGAGGACAAUGUCCAACCCGAGCCAUGAGAUUGCAAGGCUUGAACACUGUCAUGAGUCAGAUCUUCCAUACCCUGUCAGUGAGUCCUGUAAUUCAAAGAGACCUCGUUGGCUUGAACCAUUAGAACACUCCUUGGAUAAUGGAGAUGGUCCCUCAAUUCCUCCAGUUAAGUAUUGCAGUCCUGAAUUUUAUCGCAGUCAUCAGCACUUGGCAUACAAGCUGACAUCAGAGCCCCGAGGCUUAGCACUGAUCCUCAGCAAUGUCCGUUUCAGCAGCGGGAGCGACCUGGAAUAUCGCGCGGGGGGAGGCGUGGACUGCGCUUCCCUGGAGGUGCUGUUCAGGCAUCUCGGGUAUCAGGUCACUGUUUUGUGUGAUCAAACUGCACAGGAGAUGCAGAAUGCGUUGGAGAGAUUCUCCAAGCUGCGGGAUCAUCGAGAUGUGGAUUCCUGCAUUAUAGCUCUGCUUUCCCAUGGUGUGGAAGGUGGGGUUUAUGGCAGCGAUGGCAAACUACUAGAGUUGCAGGAGGCUUUCCGGCUCUUUGAUAAUGUAAACUGCCCAAAUCUCCAGAAUAAGCCCAAAAUGUUCUUUAUUCAGGCCUGCCGGGGAGACGAGCUGGACCGGGGCGUGGAUCAGAGGGACGGCAAAGAGCGGUCGGAUUCCCCAGGCUGCGAGGAGAGCGACGCCAACAAGGAGGAGAGCCUGAGGCUGCGGCUGCCGACGCGCUCGGAUAUGAUCUGUGGAUUCGCUUGUCUGAGAGGCGCUGCGGCCAUGCGGAACACCAGGCGUGGCUCCUGGUACGUCGAGGCUCUCACCUCGGUGUUUGCGGAGGACUCGCGGCACACGCACGUGGCUGACAUGCUGGUGAAGGUGAAUAGGCAAAUCAAGCAACGAGAAGGUUAUGCCCCAGGCACUGAAUUUCACCGCUGCAAGGAAAUGUCAGAAUAUUGUAGCACACUCUGUCGGGACCUUUACCUGUUUCCUGGCUAUCUACCAGGAAAAUAACCUUGCCAGCUCUGUUUGAAGAGAGAUACUGCCAAAGCUGGACUUUGACUGUGGAUAUGUUUUCACUCUUAGGAUCUGUGACAUCAGAUGGGAAGCAAGGAGUGCCAGUCUAAUUCUUUGUCUUUUUCUAAAAUAAACUGGCACCCCUCCUUGUAAUUUGGCUCCGUUCAGGGUUUGAAAUUCUGAUAUCCC